AAAAAAAAUAGAACUCGGUAAGAUGUGAUGCGCCUAGGAAGGAGGAGUUGAGAGCGUCUCUCACUAGGACUCGAUCCUAGGUUGCUCCCCUUGCCGGCGUCCGGUGCCACCACCCGCGGUGGUGCGCCGCCGGAGCCCUCCUGGCUCCGGUUGGCUGGUUGCUUGACAUUGUUCGUUUGGUCUUUGACCUUAUGUUUUUUGGAAAAUGGUUUGCGGACUGCUUAUGGAUUGGAGGUUGGUUCAAGCGUGAACUCUGAAAUUGGAAACCGCAACUGCGGAGCUUCGGUUCUUCGCUCACAAGGAAACCGAACUGUGCUGGACUUUUGGUCAUCACCGAUGGCGGCCGUGGGAGCUUUUGAUUUGGUGACGUAAAGGUGUUGGCCGGCUUCUGGUGCGAAACGGAUUCCUGGAACGCGAAGUGCUCAACUCCUGGGUUGUGGUUGACGGCAAGUUGCUGGACCGCUUUUGCUUGGGGAUUGUUGACUUAACUGCUGCGCAGUGGGAAUGGAGCACCGGCAGUGCCUGAACCUUGUUUGAAGGCCGGUGAGAAGGAUACUGGUGGGUUGGGGACUGUCCGUUAACCUGGAAGGCUGCGUUAUUGGUGUUUCUGGGCUGGAAUUCCACGGCCGGAGUUUCAAGGUGGCUGGUAAACCUCCGUUUUGGGCUGAUGCUUCUGUACAGGGUCUGGUGGUUCUACUGCCGGUUUAUGCUUCAGGUAUUGACCAUCGUUCUCGCCCUCAUCUUUUCCUUUUUCAUUUACAAUCGGGGUGAAAACUCUCCGGCGAGUGCAGCACCUUCGUCCUCGGACGUGUCGCUGGAAUGGUUGGGGAUGUUCAAAGUGUCGGAGGACAGUGGAUGGGGACACUCGUCAAUGACAUUUUUACUCCCAAAAUGUUUAAGGAACCUGUUCGUCUUCCUCGCUGCAUCUGUAAGCUUGCGGGUCUUUUCAUCUUCCAUGGGUAAUGGCGUUUUCCGUGGCAGCACCGAUUGAGGGUCCGGGUGCAGGUCUUUUUUCGCGGCCAUUACCUAUCGCUACUUCGUUACGGAUCCCGGGCUGGGCCAAGGUUGGGGGUCUGGAGUUUGUAGUCACCGGUGGGAUUUACCUGAAAACGGGGACUGUCCUCCGUUCGUUGACCUGUGCGGAAGAAGAUGACCAGAACUAAGGCGAGCUUGGCUACCUCUGUUACAAUGCGCCUGAGGUUUUCCGGCCUUGAGGGUCUACCUUUCACUUGUUUUGUGGUGCUCUUUGCCCGAGAAGAUGAUCGGAAACCUUUGGGAUCUGGGUUUUGGAUUAGGGCUGUGGUUCGUUUUCCGGGUACUGUUAAUGCGCCGUUAUUCCACCAUCUUAUCUUUGCCGCCGGGGGUCACCGGGGCUCGACGGGGAUGGGGGUGGAAAAUGGGUUUACGAGUUAGCAGAGGUUUCUUUCCGGCUGGUUGCUUUGCUUCUUCCACCAAUGUCGCCGGGUUGGACGCCGGAGCCCGGUGGGGGUGGAGGGGGGAUACGAGGUGGAUUGGUUACAUUCCGGUUUGUUCACGAUGGUUCUCACUGCUGCUUCGCCGUCGACGCCGGGGUGAUGCCGGAACCCGACAGAGGUGAGGUGGUGGUGGGGGAUAUGGUUACUUCUCCGGCUGGUUCUCUUCGCCCUCCGUUCGCCGGCCAUCGGAGAGCCUGGGGUCGCCGGGACCAGGUGGGCUGGUUGGUAGGGGGUGGGUUACGGUUGACAGACAAAUGAUGGACAGGUGGACAGUGUACUUUUGUACAGGCUGUCACCACGCCUGUGACUUUUCAAAAUUUGAAUUGAUGCUGGGAUUUCGCGCCUACCACUGCGGCGCUGCGAUGAGGAUGCCUGAUAGGAGAUUGGGCUAUGUUUGCUGCGGAACCCUAGUGGGCCUUGGAGGAUUGGGCUUCGCUCGAGCUGACAUUGGAUGCUGGGACGCUGCUGCUAAUUUGACGCAAAUUGGGCCGUGGACCUUCACUGGUCUUGCUGGAAUGCUUUCUUUUAGCAUGCCUGUUCAGCAGUGGGCCUUUGGGCUCACCUGCUGGGCUUUGAUCUUGAGCUGCUGUUACUUUGUUGCUGAGUAGUGGACGGGCCUUUGCUGGCCCAGAAGCUAGGAAGCUUGGAUGAUGGUGAUCUUUCUGCUGGAUCUUCCCAAUGAUGGGCCUUCAUUGGCUUGGACUUGGGUUUUGAUUUAUUUUUGAUGAAUGAGUCGGGGACUGUCCCGUACCAUUCUUGGAUUGUAUUUUUGUGAUGUCUUUUGGACUUCGGAAAAACUCCUCUCUCCUCCCCCUGCCGCAAGGUGGGGGGGGGGGGGGGGGGGGCGGAGACGGUAGAUUCUAUUUUAGGUUAGCCUGCUAGCUUAGAUAGAUGUUUUUGAUACAUGUAUUGUUAUUUAUCUGGAUAUAUAUAUUUACAUUUUAUCCAACGAGAUAUUAAACGCUUUCAAC